UAAUUUAUGAAUAACCCUUCAAAGAAAAGGCAUUUUUUAACAAUUUUAUUUUGUUGUAAAAAAACGUUUUCCAAAUAUUGUCCUCCUCGUCGUCAUCAUCAAUGAGCGCCUUGAAGCUAAAGACGGUGUCAGAAGCAAACCCUAACGACACCACGAAGAAGGCUGAGACGGUGGAUCUCGGAAACGGAAGCGACGUCGUUUUCAUUCAGAGGUUAAUACCUUCCGAACAAUCAUGGAAAUGGUUCCAUUACCUCGACAACCACAUCCCAUGGACCAGACCCACCAUUCGCGUCUUCGGUAAAUCGUUCCUCCAGCCUCGAGACACAUGUUAUGUUGCAACUUCAGGAUUGACUAAGUUGAGUUACAGUGGAUACCAGCCACAUGCAUAUUCAUGGGAUGAUUAUCCACCGCUUAAAGACAUCUUGGAUGCUGUACAUAAAGCUCUACCUGGAAGCAGUUUUAAUAGCUUACUCUUGAAUAGGUAUAAGGGUGGUAAUGACUAUGUUGGUUGGCAUGCUGAUGAUGAGAAGCUCUAUGGACCAACUCCCGAAAUUGCUUCUCUUUCUCUCGGAUGUGACCGUGACUUUGUUUUGAAGAAGAAGCCAUCUAAAAAAUCCCGUGAUGGAAGUGAUGAACCUGCGAGCAAGCGGUUAAAGAAGAGUGUCCAUGAUGAUCAACAUACUUUUAGGCUUAAGCAUGGAUCUCUUUUGGUGAUGAGAGGCUAUACACAGCGAGAUUGGAUUCACUCUGUACCAAAGCGUGCAAAAGUGGAAGCAACGCGCAUUAAUCUCACCUUUAGGCGAGUUUUUUGAUUGGCUUGGGAUAAAGGCCGGUUUUUAGAAGAUGCUUAUGCAUUGUUGUAAUCUGCAUCUUGCAUUAUAUGUGGAAUGCCUGUCUUGUUUCUAUCAAGUAUAUAUGGAACAGUUUAAGAAGUUCGGAACACAAUUUCUAUCUAUGGUGAAGAUAUUACCGUGUA